AUGCAGAAGUAUUUCGAGCAGUAUACCGAGGAAUAUGUUGAGAUGGAGACUGAAUCGGAAACUCCGUGCGAAAUUAUAUCGAAGUCAGAUCGCUUACGUCAACGUCUUGAACCGUUGCUAGACUUCGAACAAGAUUCUUCAUCGAGUCCGUUUAGUGUGAAGGAAAUUGUGGACAUACUCCGCGCUGAACGCUCCGAAGAUAUCGUUUGCAUCAAAGUACCUAUAAAUGACAAACAUGAGAGAUAUAUUAUUAUUUGCACUCCUCAUAAUAUGAGGCAUGGUGAGGCUAUGGUGCUUGCUAUACGGAAAUGUUUCAAACUUAAGAAUAAUGAGGUGCAGCCACCGAAAAAGGCGAAAGUUGGCCGAUGGUUGUGUUACACUUUCGAGAAUAUCUCAAUACAUAUAAUGACCCGUGAAGCGCGACUCAAAUAUGAUCUUGAAGGCCUUUGGGGUAUCGGAUGGAUGGAGACAUUGGAAGAUGAAGUCGAUCUUCCAAAUCCACAAUUUCCAAUACCUUCUGCUAGUUAG